UCCGGAAGUGGUCACAUCCAUUCACUCUGGCUAACGGGUCUUUUCUCCUCAACAUGCCUCCUUCGCAGACACGUCUGUAUAACUAGGAACGUCUGAAUUUCCCCGCGAAUCUCUUGUGUUUCCAGGUCAGGUCUAAGCCAGCCGGUUGUCAGCGGGAACCCACAGCAGCAGCCGCGUCGUCAUCAAUGGUGUGUCUACAUCCACGAGCCGUCACAUUCUCCUGUGUCCGCUCAAUGAACCAUCUCCUCAGCUCUCAUCAAAGCUGCACAUGUAUGGCGUUUGCGAAGCUCGGAGGGGAGUUUUGCCAAGCUCAGCACCUGCUGCUUAUUGUGGACAAGUGAACAGGGGGACGCCAGCUCGGCACAAUCACUGCCAUUCACUCAAACAGGUUCUUACUGCCAUCCUGUUCAACCAUAUGAGGACAAGCCAAACCUCGGUCUGCGGCCUGUCCUGGCGAGAAGGGGAGGCCUUGGUUGCAGCUUAGAAACAUUUGUUCUGUCUUAUCUUACAAAUUCCUUCUUCUGCUCUGAUUUGAGUGGGUCUUUCCUGAAUGGGCUGACUGGUUUGAAAGAGGAGGAACAGAUCUUUUAUCUUUUUUUUUUUUUUUUUUUUUAAUCUAAAUAUCUGUCUGCAGUGUCCUUAAGUUUGUAUGAAGUUCUCUUCAUCUUCAAAGUUUUUUUUGGCAGACUGUCAAAGAUUGUAAUUUUUAACUGUAAAACACUCUGAUUUUUGUCGCUAUUCUUUUAAGAGAUAAGAGAAAAGAUCAAAUUGUAAUUGAAGCUCCAGACUCAAAGUGUUUUGUCAGACUUCAGCUGCUCUAACUCUGUCUAAAAAUGAACCGACCCGCUCCCGUUGAGAUUUCCUACGACUGUCUGCGAUUCCUCAUCACCCACAAUCCUACUGACGCACAGAUGGGAAAGUUUAUAGAGGAUUUAAAGGCAUUUGGGGUAAACACUCUGGUGAGAGUGUGCGCUGCUACCUAUGACAAGACACCCGUGGAACAAGAAGGCAUACAAGUGCUGGACUGGCCUUUCGAUGAUGGUUCCGCCCCACCAGACCAGGUGGUUGGGGACUGGCUGAACCUGCUGCAAGCAAAGUUUAAAGAGCAGCCUGGCUGCUGCGUGGCUGUGCACUGUGUUGCUGGACUGGGACGAGCACCGGUGCUGGUGGCUCUGGCUUUAAUCGAGUGUGGGAUGGAAUAUGAAGAUGCUGUUCACUUAAUAAGGCAAAAACGUCGAGGCGCUCUGAACGCCAAGCAGCUGCAUUACCUCGAGGAAUACAAGUCCAAGCUUUGCCUGCGCUUGAAAGAUGCUAACGGUCAGAGCUGCUGUAUACAGUAGGAAGCUGACACAAAAUAAAAGGGAACUUUUAAUCACAUUUUGUUCUCCUGCUCGUUUUAUAGCUUCACCAAAAUAUGUAGCAAACUCCCUGAAAUGCUUUGCAUGUUAAAGUCGGAGGAUAAAAAACAUCUUUGUUGGUAAAGAUAUAUGUUGAAUCCCAAAGAUUUUCUCUGUCAGUGAACAUCACAGCUGCAGUUUGAAGCUCUGCCGAUGUUUUUCAGAGAUUCAGUUAUGCUUUUCCUAGAACCCAUAGUUCUUCCAGUACUGAAUAAAUAGUCGGCAUUAUAUGGCACGGAAAAGACAGUUCCUUUUUACAUCAUCCCCUUUUGUCAUUUUUGUUUUUAAGUUUUGUAAUCAAUGUUUUAAUAAAUAAAGCCUCCAUCCCACCAAACUCCAACAUUUGCAGCUCCACCAAAAGCAUAUGAUAAUCUUAAAAGAAUGUCCAACAUUAGCAAAGUGCAGCACUUGUGCUAUAUUUAACCAGGAUGACCUCUGCAACCUGCAUCAUGUGACCAUUUACUACAUUAUAUAUACAUAUAUAUGUUAGUUCUGCAACAGGGAGUAAAACACGAUGCUAAUAUGAUAUAAUAAUUUGUACAACCUGGUUUAUUAUCAAACUGCAGCUCAUAGUAUUCUAUAAAUCAAAGUUUCAUUCUCCCGUCUUAUAGUUGCUGUGAUCAUUUGGAAAAGAAAAAUUGUGCUUUCUGUAAAUGAUUCCAUCUUUCUAGGCUCCACUAAAGUUAAAACACUACCUGGUUCCUGUUUGUCAGUGUAAUUCUGGGUAAAUCGACUUUCGUUCUGCGCAGGAACAGAGAACCAAAGCGGGUUUGUGGCACCACGCUGCUGCUAGUGGUGCAGCUAUAGUUUCUGUUUGAAGUGCUGUCAUCAAACAUGCAUUUGGUGGAACUGGAGCUGGAGUUUCUUCUGACUACCGUAGUAUUUAUUAAGAAAAGGGCUUGAAAACACGUAGACGUUUGCAAGAUUUCAAGGAUUUUUUUGGUUCCAUUGUGAAAAAAAUGGGAUUUUUAAAUCCUGCAUAAAAGCAAAUUUGCAUGGAGAAAAAGGAGGCAGGAUGCUUGGAUGGGUGAAGGUUUUUGUAGAAUAUCCUAUUCGCUGUGGAGCUUUAAGUCACUGCUAUUCAAUGAGUGUUUUCAAUGCUUUUUGUGAGGGAACUUUCAUGGAACUUCCUGCUCACACCUAAACACACUGUUCAGUGAUAGUCUGCAUGACAUCAGUGUUCUCUGGGGUGCUUUGUUUAAUAACCUUUAAGAAGCAGAUUGAAAAAGCACAUCAAUAGAAAAAUGCUGCUGUAGUGUCAGUUUGUUGUCACAUUAAUAGAUCAAUUUCUCAAACACUGUUUCUGUAGAUACAACAACAGAACCAGCUAGAUCUCCAACUGAAACCUCAGUGUCCAUGGUUUUAUGGCCCUCCGGCACUCCGUAGUUCCUCAACUUACUGCUGUGCUCUCGACUGGCUUCUGCUCUUUGUGCUUUUUUGUUUUCUGAUGAUUUUCUCUCCUUUUGUGUCUUGAGCUGUUUGCUCUGGAUGUUGAUGAAGUUUUCCCUUUCUUUGUGAAGAGUCUGUUCCUUUCCAGACAACACAUGUUCGUCUUGGAUAAAUAAAAGUGUUUGGUGCCGCCA